GGAGCGGAUGCAGCUACCCAGAGCUGCGGGAGCUGAGCCAUGAGCUGGAUCUGCCCGCGUUGCCAGCAACCCGUUUUCUUUGCUGAGAAGGUGAGCUCCCUGGGCAAGAACUGGCACCGCUUCUGCCUGAAAUGUGAGCGCUGCCACAGCGUCCUGUCCCCCGGCGGACAUGCAGAGCACAACGGGAGGCCAUAUUGCCACAAGCCAUGCUACGGGGCUCUCUUUGGACCCAGGGGGGUGAACAUUGGUGGUGUGGGUGCCUACCUGUACAACCCUCCAACUCCUACCCCUGCCAGCACCACACCCCUCAGCCCCAACAGCUUCAGCCCUCCCAGGCCAAGGACUGGCCUCCCCCAAGGCAAGAAAAGCCCUCUCCACAUGAGGACAUUCACUGGGGAGACCUCACUGUGCCCUGGCUGUGGGGAGCCCGUCUAUUUUGCUGAGAAGGUAAUGUCUUUGGGCAGAAAUUGGCACCGACCCUGUCUGAGGUGCCAGCGUUGCCGCAAGACCCUGACUGCUGGGAGUCAUGCUGAGCAUGAUGGAGUCCCCUACUGCCACAUCCCCUGCUACGGCUACCUGUUUGGCCCCAAAGGUGUGAACAUUGGUGAUGUGGGCUGCUACAUCUAUGACCCAGUGGAGAUAAAAUCCAAAUGAGAUGCUCACAGGAGAGUUCACCCUAACUCAGGCCUCCCAUCAUCCCUUCCGUGGUCCAGUGGGAGCUGCAAAAUUCUCCAGUCUCAUGAAGAUGAGGGAAGAUGAGAUCCUGGGAACCUGGGCCUAGGCCCUGUGGUAGGCCAGAAAGUCUGGACUUUCUCUGCCAAUUCUUCCCUUUCCCAUUCCUAUCUGGUUAGGGGGCAUAGGCCACCCUAUUUUCAAUGGUGUCCUCCUGGCCUUCCCACCCCUUUCCCCGGCAAAUUCUGGAGCUUCAACGUACUCAUAAAACUUGUGUUUAUU